AUGACCAGUGCAGACCAAUGGACUCAAAAGUUGGAUAACCCAACGCUGAGUGUUCUUCCCCACGAUUUUUUGCGUCCUCACAGUGAACCUCUAGUUCAGCAACAAGAAAAAUGUGUUCAGGUACCGCAGCUGGAACUCCCACAUGGCAAGGACGCUUACACGGCGCUCUUAGCCGUUUGGGCGUCUCUCAUGUUUAGACUAACCGGUGAUGAUGACAUUGUGCUGCUGGUACGUGACAACAAAGUAUUGAGAUUCACUUUUCAGCCAACCUGGACUUUCGUCGAGCUAUAUGCCACUAUUACCCAGGAGCUAGCUACUCUGGAAACUCUACCAGCCGUCAAUAUUGACGAGCUUUCUCAAUAUAUGCAAAGAGUCCAAGACAAGGAACUUCCAGUGCAAUUGUUCCGUUUAGGGUGCAUACAAGACCAACCCAAUUUCUCCCUGCAAAAUCAAUUUGAUACCCAACUACUCGACCUGACUGUAAAUUUACAAGGCAAGUCGACUUUGACCGUUGUGUAUAAUGGUCUACUUUACUCCGAUCAAAGAAUUGAGAUAUUAUUGUCACAAUUAACAGUGUUUCUUUCUGCGGUGCUGCAAGAUGACUCAAAGAUUGUAACCAAGGUCUCUCUGAUCACUAAUGCGGAUACAUCGAUUCUACCAAACCCAACCGCCGAUUUGGGCUGGUGUGAUUUUGCAGGCUGUAUCCAAGAUAUUUUCCAGGACAAUGCCGCAAAAUUUCCUCAGCGCACCUGCGUAGUUGAAACGCCUAGUUCCCAGUCUGGCAUGGAGCCCAGAAUAUUUACCUAUCAAGAUAUUAAUCAAGCCUCAAACGUGGUGGCCCAUUACCUGAUCGAUACAGGUAUCAAGAGAGGCGAUGUUGUAAUGAUUUAUUCCUCAAGAGGUGUAGAUUUGAUGGUGUGUGUCCUUGGGGUCUUAAAGGCCGGUGCUACCUUUUCUGUUAUUGAUCCCGCAUAUCCGCCAGCAAGACAAACCAUUUACCUUGGCGUCGCAAAGCCCAAGGGGCUGAUCGUCAUUAGGGCGGCGGGCCAGUUGGACCAAUUGGUUGAGGACUACAUCUCAAAAGAACUCGAUAUCAUAUCCAGAAUACCAUCUAUCGCUAUUCAAGCAAAGGGUACAGUGGAAGGUGGACGAUUAUCAGGAGCUGAGGCCGACUGUUUAACGAGAUUUGAAAGCUUCAAGAAUACCCCAUCCGGCGUCGUGGUUGGCCCCGAUAGCAACCCGACCCUAUCUUUCACCUCAGGAUCUGAAGGUAUUCCAAAAGGUGUCCUAGGCAGACACUUCUCUCUUGCUUACUACUUCAAGUGGAUGUCAAAACAGUUCAAUCUCUCAGAAAAAGACAAAUUUACUAUGCUUUCUGGUAUCGCCCACGACCCUAUCCAAAGAGACAUGUUUACUCCCUUGUUCUUGGGUGCUCAGCUUCUAGUGCCUACUGAAGAUGACAUUGGUACCCCUGGACAAUUAGCGGAAUGGAUGAACAAGUAUGGUGCAACCAUUACUCACUUGACCCCCGCUAUGGGUCAGCUUCUCACAGCGCAAGCGACUUCUCCAAUUCCUUCAUUGCACCAUGCUUUUUUUGUCGGUGAUAUUCUAACCAAAAGAGACUGUUUGAGACUUCAGACCUUGGCUGAAAACGUGCGGAUUGUUAAUAUGUAUGGUACAACCGAGACUCAAAGAGCAGUGUCGUUCUAUGAGGUCAAAUCAAGGUCCGAGGAUCCAUUCUUUUUGAAAAGUUUGAAAGAUGUCAUGCCUGCAGGGAAGGGUAUGCUUAACGUGCAAUUGCUAGUUGUUAACAGAAAUGACAGAUCUCAGAUUUGUGGGGUUGGCGAAGUUGGAGAGAUCUAUGUGCGGGCUGGUGGGUUGGCCGAAGGCUACCGUGGCCUUCCUGAUUUGAAUAAAGAAAAGUUUGUCCAAAACUGGUUUGUGGACCCAAGUCAUUGGGAUUCAAUAGAUAAGAACACCAAUAAACCCUGGAAGCAAUUUUGGUACGGACCCCGCGACCGUCUGUAUCGAACGGGUGACUUGGGCCGUUACACCCCGGAAGGAAACUGCGAGUGUUGUGGACGCGCUGAUGAUCAAGUUAAAAUUCGUGGAUUCAGAAUUGAAUUAGGGGAAAUAGAUACACAUAUUUCUCAAUAUCCACUCGUCCGCGAGAACAUCACGCUAGUCCGGAAAAACAGUGAAAACGAACCGACACUAAUAACUUUUAUGGUUCCCAGGUUCGACAAACCUGACGAACUUUCAAAAUUUGAAUCUGAAAUCUCUGAGGAUGUUGCUAAGGAUGCAGUGGUAAAGGGCCUUGUCAAAUAUAGAUCACUUUCCAGAAAUAUAAAAGAGGCCUUGAAAAAGCGUCUGGCAAGUUAUGCAAUUCCCUCGGUUAUCAUCGUCCUCGAAAAGCUACCAUUAAAUCCUAACGGGAAGGUCGACAAACCAAAGUUGCAGUUUCCAAGCCAAAAGCAAUUAGCCCUUGCCGCAGAUAACUCUUUUGUUGAUGUAGAUGACUCUGACUUUUCUAACACCGAAAAGGAGGUUCGUGAUUUGUGGUUGGACGUGUUACCCACAAGACCAUCCUCCAUUUCUCCAGAAGACACGUUCUUUGAUCUUGGUGGACAUUCGAUUCUCGCUACAAAGAUGAUUUUCAGUUUGAGAAAGAAGCUCAAUGUUGAAUUGCCACUCGGGACCAUUUUCAAGUACCCUACCAUUAAGUUAUUUGCUGCUGAAGUGGAAAAGGUCAGAACAUCGGAGCGUAGCGUGGAGACAAUUACCAGUACUGCCGAUUACUAUGGAGACGCCAAGCAACUUGUUGAAACAAUGAUCCCCGAGAUUUACCCAUCGCGUCCUAACUUGAGGUCAACAAAUUCGGAUACAAUAAAUGUUUUUGUCACAGGUGUGACGGGCUUUUUAGGUUCUUAUAUCUUGGCCGACUUACUGAACAGACCAACUUCUGGCCAAAAUAUUAGGGUGUUUGCUCAUGUGCGGGCCCAGGAUGAGACCAGUGGCAUGGAACGUCUUGCUAAAGCUGGAGUUACUUACGGCACCUGGUCAGAACGAUUCACUUCUCGCAUACAGGUUGUAUUGGGAGAUUUGUCGAAACCUCAAUUUGACAUGGAUGAUAAAGACUGGGAGUACUUAGCAAAUAACAUUGACGUCAUUAUUCACAACGGUGCAUUGGUGCACUGGGUCUUCCCUUACGCAAAAUUGAGAGACGCGAAUGUAAUCUCUACUGUUAAUGUCAUGAAUCUGGCUGCCACCGGCUCGAAGGCAAAAUACUUUACAUUUGUCUCAUCUACAUCUACUAUCGAUACCACACACUACUUCGACUUGUCAGACAGACUUGCUGCAGAGGGCAAAGGUUUACCCGAAAGCGACGAUUUGAUGGGAUCUGCGACAGGGCUGGGUGGUGGAUACGGGCAAUCGAAAUGGGCUGCUGAAUACAUAAUCAGACGUGCCGGCGAGCGCGGAUUGCGCGGCUGUAUUGUAAGACCCGGCUACGUCACCGGUGCAUCCGCUAAUGGUUCAUCAAACACUGAUGAUUUCCUGUUAAGAUGUUUGAAAGGGGUUGUACAACUAGGUAAAAUCCCGGAUAUCAGAAAUACGGUUAAUAUGGUCCCAGUUGACCAAGUAGCUAGAGUAGUAACCGCUACAGCUCUAUUUCCCCCUUCGGGAAGCACGCUUGAGGUCGCCCACGUUACCGCUCAUCCUCGGUGUUUGUUUACUGAUUACAUGAAUGAAUUGAAGGAAUACGGUUACGCAGUUGAGGUUGAAAGCUAUGAUAAAUGGAGAAAAGACCUUGAAGAUUCUGUCAUAAGUCGCAACGAAGAGAAUGCGCUGUACCCACUUUUGCAUAUGGUUUUGGACAACCUACCGGAAAACACCAAAGCUCCAGAGUUGGAUGAUUCAAAUGCCAUCAUUUCAUUAAAAAAAGACGCAGAAUGGACGGGCGAAGAUCUCUCAGGUGGCAAAGGUGCUACUCCAGAGCAAAUCGGUAUUUAUAUCGCCUUCUUGAACAAAGUUGGAUUUCUGCCUCCUCCUCAAUCAAAAGGAAGGUUGGCCAUUCCUGAUAUUGAAUUAUCGGAAGAACAGAUCAACCUUGUUGCCUCAGGCGCGGGUGCUCGUGGUAGCUCUGCCGCGAAUUAA